UGUUCAACGGCCCGCUCCGACAUCAGGCACGCAACCCAAACAACAAGACCUCAAAACAGCCAAAAAAAAAAAAAAAAAAAAAUGAAGCUCCUCGCCGUCCUGACCGCCGCCCUCAGCGUCGCGGGCCUCGCCGUGGCCCAGCAGAACUGCCGACAGCUGAACGAGCAGUACUGCGAGUGCUCGGGUUACUGCUACCUCACGCGCGACGGCGGCUGCAGCCCGCCGCUGCGCUGGGUUGGGCUCUGCCCGCUGUAAGAGAGCGGCACAGGCACCUUCUACGAGUGUUGCAGAGAAGGGAAGGGAGUGGGAGGCGUCUAGAUGGCUAGAGCGGAAGUUGGGGUGUUCUUGACAGCAAACCAAGAAAAUAAAGCCUCCAAGUGGAAUCUCGGGUAUAUUGAAAAGGAAAAACGAUGAAAUCACACAAAGACAAAGCAAAUGACGAACAACACACCCCCAGUCCCAUCACAACCACAAACGCAGUCCCAUAGCCCCCUACGG